AAUUAACUUCCGAAUGGAGGGUUUUCAAAUCAAAACACAAUGAUAAUUAUUAAAUGAUGGCAGUUCUCGUAGUGCGCUAGAAAAAAAUAAAUAAAAUCAAUACGAAUAUAAAUAUGUUUGGUCUACAUUGUCUCGAUGAUUCGCAAUAUGCAAGACAACUGCAAGAAGAGUAUGACAGAGAGGCAGCGGCACUACUAGCGGACGAUGUCAAUGAUGACAAAACUCAAAAUGGAAAUAAUGGCAAGCUCACAAAUUCACCUAUGAAAUCUAAACCAAAUACAUCAGGAUUGUCGCCAGUAGAUCCAAGUCUUGAAUUUUUAGAUCCUAAUCCAAAUAUUCUUGAGCUUUUUCUUCAAUAUAAUGUUCAGUUUUUCUGGGGGCGGCUUGCAGGUAUUGAAGUUAAAUGGAGUCCAAGGAUGACUUUGUAAGUUUCAAAUUAAUUUAUUAAUAAUUAUUCCUUCAAAGUUCAGUAUUCUGAGUUAGAAUUAACCUUAAGAUGAUUAUAUAACGAUGUAAUAUUAAAUUUUUUGGUCAAUUUACGCAAUGCAUGCCACUUGCACUUUCUGUUUAGGACUCUCUCCCAUGUCCAUGUGUAUAGGCCUACUUGGACUUUGUGGAUUGUUACUAGAAUUAACCCUUCUUUAUUUUAAUCAUCAUCCCUAAAAAUAAUAAGAUUAUAACUGAAUUACUUCUGGAACAUUGCCAGCCUUACUGCUAAUCCCAAAUCAGCCAUAAUUAUUUAUUAGGUCUACUUAAAUGUUAUGCCAUGCUAAUAAGUUAUAAGCAGUUAGCGACAGGAUCUUCAAACUUCAAUGGGAUGUAGGUCAUGGAGGUUCCCCAAGUCAGCUGCCGGCCAUAGUUCCGUAUUCAAAAGAUUUUUAUUUUUAUCACUUAUUUAUUUGAUAAAAGUUUGUUUUUUCACUACAGUAAAACCUGGUUAUGUUGACGGCCUCGGGAUUUGCCUAAAAAUGACGAGAUAACCGAGAACCAAUAUGGUGACAAUAUAUUAACAUGUGCUUGAAAUUUCUUUAUGUACAAUAUGUGCGUUAAUAAAUGCAGGUACUUCAGUAAAAAAAAAAAUAAUAAUUUUUUUAAUAUUACAGUUAUUUAGAGCAAAUUUCAAAAUUAAAAAAUUUAAACCAGAGUCAAUUUUUUAACUUAAGUAUAUUUUGAGCUUUGAAUUUUUAAAGUGCAAGUUUGUUUGGUAUUUUCUACUAUGGAUGAAGCCUCCACAUUUUGUGACCUCAUUCUGCUGAUCUUGACUUGCACAAUGACUAUAUAGUUAAUAUAAGCCAACACAUCCCCUUAUUACUAAAAUACUAUUUAGGGACUACUUAUUUUGAACUUUCAACUUUGGCACAUGACUAUUCAAUUAAAGCUUUCCCUGACCAAUGGUUUAAUAGCUUUUGCACACGGCAAACUCUUAUGAAUGAAACUCUGAUGUAGUACCAUGGCAUAGCCAUUAUGCAAGUGACCGUGAAUGGCUGCCCAUGACAAUGUUUUGCUCACGGAAAAUUAUGAUCAUUUAUAAUAUGGACUCUACCGGAUUUUUAAACCUCGAAUCAAAACCUUUAUUUAAAUUACUUCUAGGUUCAUUCUAAAACACAAGUCCCAUAUUUUGAGGAAUAAAUAAUUAUUUUUAAUUAUGAAAAACAUGUUUAUUUGUUGCUUGCUAUUUCUUCUUGCGUAGUUCAAAAGCCGGUGAUCGGUCAUGGGGAUCAAGAUAACUGAGGUUAAGUGGCAAAUUGGGCCGCCUUUUGUGCUCAAGAUAUCAGGGUUCGGCAACAAAAAAGAAUUGAUAUAACCGAGUAAAAAUGCUAAGACAAAGAGAGAAUUUGGUGGUUCUACUUCAAAAACGUCGACAUAACAGGGUUGGCGAGUUAACCAAGGUCGAGAUAAGCGGGGUCUGACCGUAUUUUUUAUUUUGACUUGAAAAGGGGAGGAGUGGGGGGGGGGGCCCUCCCCAGAAAUUAUUUUGAUUCUUAUUUUUGUUUUGAAAAUGGGGCAAGGGGUUUGCCCCAGAAAAUUAAGUUGAUAUUAAUUGUGGUCCAGUAUGGUGACAUAAUGAUAAUAUGGAAUAGUAUAUGGGUGUCUCUUUUAUCAACCAAUCAAAAGACAGCAUUAAUGAUGCACGCAUAUUUUUUCCAGAGUGGAUUUUGGCCCUUGGGGUACCAGCAAUUUAUUUUUGUAACACUGUAAUGUAAGUUGAAUUUCAAUAAAAGGAAUGGACAUUUUCAUUUUAAUAUAUAUCUUAUUAACUAUAUCAAUUAAUAGAUUUACUUUAUGAAGCGAAUAAUUCUUAGUGAACAAAUGGGAAAAUUAUUAUACACAGCAUUCUGGACCAACGGUUGGUCUAUACGCCGUUAGUCCAGUGUUGGUAUUCCCCAAAGUGAUCGUACUGUGCUUUGGAGGAGACAACCCUAGGCAAAACCCAUGGUGUUAACUAUACUUUUAUUAAAAGUUAAAUUAAAAUUAUUAGUACUUUUCUAAUUUGCAUCUACUUGUAGAGUUAGUGUUGCAAUUCUUAUCAGAGAAUUCUGCUCCUUGCAGUUUUUUCUCACUCUCUCCUUUGAAGAUCUUAUAGUGUGUUUUCCCUGGUCCUCCUCUCUUGAUCUUAACUUCCUCAGACUCUGUGUAAGGCCAAUCCAUCUCCUAUUUCUUUACAGAAUAUCCUUUUUACGCAAGAUCACUUCCUGGUUUUAUAAAAAUAGAUCUCACUAGGGAUUCCUGUAAACCAAUUUAUUUUAACAAAUCGACACAAAUGUCUAUUGAUAAAACAUGUUUGGUGUUGAGUUUUGUUGUUCUCCAUGUUUUACAACAAUAAAGAUGAAAAUAAAUUGACCUACUCAAACUUACUGGGUCGUACGUACACAAGGGGCAAUACAGGAAUAGUGACAUGGAUUGCCAGUCAUCCACAUUUGAUGAUAUAUUUCCAAUGAAAUAUAUUAAAAUUGUACUAGAAAUGUGAUAAUGAAUUUUUAAUUGAUAACUCAUUUUAAUUAAUGUAUAUUGAUUGCUCAGAUGUGCAGGUCUCUGUGUGUAUGAAGGUCAUGGUGGAUUAUGUUCUGUUAGACUUAGUUUGCCAUUACUGAAGCUGCGGCCAAGAAAAGAUUUAGUAGAAACACUUUUGGUAAAUAAGAACAUUUGAGGUUAACAUUUGUGACAAAGUAUUUUUAACUUACUUAAGAAAUUUGAACCAAACAUAAUAAUAUAUGAACAAUUUUACAUAUUAAAAUAACUUAGGCAAAGUUAAAUUAAAAAAGAGCUGAUGCAUUUUAUUAAAACGAACAUAACCCUUGGAUAAUUUUUUUCUUUAUAGUCAUUUAAAAAUAAAGUUUCAAGUUUUGUGUUAAUUUUUUUUCAUUAAGCCAAUUAAGCUGCAACUUUUGGUGAUUAAAAUUUAUACUAAAAGGAAUUUGUUUACAUUGAAUUUAAAUUCUACUGUCCACAGCAUGAGAUGAUUCAUGCCUAUUUGUUUAUUACAGACAACGACAGAGUAAGUAUGCCACAGCUGUUUGAUCAGGGCUGGAAAGAUGGCUGUGAGAAUAGAUUACUUUACUACUUUACAUAAUAACCUUUGUUGGGUUUACUAGUAAUAAUAAUAAUUAAAUUAGAAUUAAUGCAAACAGUUUUAUUUAAAUAAAAAUUUACUACACUCUACAAGAGCCACCCAAUUAUGUCUAACUUAUCCAAACUAUUUGUCUUUUAGGAUCAUGACGGGCAUGGUCCACAGUUUCAGAGUCAUAUGCACAGGAUCAACAAAUCAACCGGAGCAAAUAUUUCAGUAAGGAAAUGUUUACAACAAUCGUUUCCCAACAUGUUUCCCAGGACCUGUAGAUUUUAUAUGGCAACUCCACCAUCCCUCGCCUGAGACUUAGCUCCAGCUUCCCCAAAUGAAAGAAUAUCAUGUUAAGCAACCGUUUCACUUCAUUUCUUUCAACCUUUUAAAUUGCUUCCCAUACUUUGUUGGCUGAUGAAGGUCUCCCAUACUUUGUUGGCUGAUGAAGGUCUCCCAUACUUUGUUGGCUGAUGAAGGUCUUCCCAUACUUUGUUGGGUGAUGAAGGUCUUCCCAUACUUUUUUUGCUGAUGAAGGUCUUCCCAUACUUUGUUUGCUGAUGAAGGUCUUCCCAUACUUUGUUUGCUGAUGAAGGUCUUCCCAUACUUUGUUGGCUGAUGAAGGUCUCCCCAUACUUUGUUUGCUGAUGAAGGUCUUCCCAUACUUUGUUGGCUGAUGAAGGUCUUCCCAUACUUUGUUGGCUGAUGAAUGUCUUCCCAUACUUUGUUUGCUGAUGAAGGUCUUCCCAUACUUUGUUGGCUGAUGAAGGUCUUCCCAUACUUUGUUGGCUGAUGAAGGUCUUCCCAUACUUUGUUUGCUGAUGGAGGUCUCCCCAUACUUUGUUUGCUGAUGAAGGUCUCCCCAUACUUUGUUUGCUGACGAAUGUCUUCCCAUACUUUGUUUGGUGAUGAAGGUCUCCCCAUAAUUUGUUUCGCUCAUUUCCAUAAAGUAACGAAAGCCGUGUAAAUUACUGUUACUGUUAGACUAUCGGUCACCUACCUGGCAAAUAAAGGCACACAAAAGCUAAAUGGGUGCCUUCGAAAGCAACACUACAAUAGUUUUUAUUUAAAUUUGACUGACAUGGAGUGAACACAGACGAACUUUAAUUUCAGAAUGGAGGACUUGAAAUGACUUUAUAAUAGAAUAAAAAUGUGGACUUAUUUCAUUCUGUUGUUUCUACCGGACAGAUAUACCACAGCUUUCACGAUGAGGUUGAAGCUUAUCAGCAACACUGGUGGAAAUGUGAUGGACCCUGCCAAAACCGUAAGCCCUAUUUCGGCUACGUUAAGCGAGCAAUGAAUCGGGCACCUUCACCCAGAGAUUUUUGGUGGGCAGAACAUCAAGCAACCUGUGGCGGCACAUAUACAAAAGUUAAAGAGCCGGAAGGUUACGGGCAAAAGAAAGGAAAGGGUAAAGAAGGUACACUAGUGGCACUAGCUGUAAGGAAAGGGUAAAGAAGGUACACUAGUGGCACUAGCUGUAAGGAAAGGGUAAAGAAGGUACACUAGUGGCACUAGCUGUAAGGAAAGGGUAAAGAAGGUACACUAGUGGCACUAGCUGUAAGGAAAGGGUAAAGAAGGUACACUAGUGGCACUAGCUGUAAGGAAAGGGUAAAGAAGUUACACUAGUGGCACUAGCUGUAAGGAAAGGGUAAAGAAGGUACACUAGUGGCACUAGCUGUAAGGAAAGGGUAAAGAAGGUACCCUAGUGGCACUAGCUGUAAGGAAAGGGUAAAGAAGGUACACUAGUGGCACUAGCUGUAAGGAAAGGGUAAAGAAGGUACACUUGUGGCACUAGCUGUCUUGUUUUAUCAAUUUGAUUAACUAUUGACUAUUUGAAUUUCCUACACCUAAGAACAAAAAAAUUUAUUAAAAAAACACCAUUUGGCCAAGUAUUGAAUUUUAAACUGCAGCUAAAACAAAAGCAAAAAUGAAACUGAAAGACAAAUAUGCUCACCAGAUUUAUGUACGAAGAUUAUGGUUUGGAGGUUACUAUUAUUGUUUAUUUUAAGAUUUUCAUGAGUACAAAAUGUUGAAUUUCACAAGUACAAAGUGUUGAAUUGCACUAGUAUAAAGUGUUGAAUUUCAAGCCCUUAAAAAAAAAGAAAAAUGGUAAUAAAACCAAACAAUGUAUGGUUCAGAGUCUAUCCAUAUUUUACUUAUGAAUUGACACAUUACGUAUGCACUGACAUAUGACUUAUGCACUGACGUGUGACUUAUGCACUCAUGUGUGACUUAUGCACUGACAUGUGACUUAUGCACUGACAUGUGUCUUAUGCACUCAGUGUGACUUAUGCACUGAUGUGUGACUUAUGCACUCACUUGUUAAUUAUGCACUCACUUGUGACUUAUGCACUCACUUGUUACUUAAGCACUGAUGUGUGACUUAUGCACUGACCUGUGACGGAAAGAACGGAAUUUCACACGUUAAAAUUUGCGUCAAAUUUCUUUUUGAGCACACUAUACUAUAUAGUAAAACAAAACAAUGCGCUUAAAAAGAAAUUUGAAGCAAAAAUUUUAACGGAAAAACUGAAAAAUAGAUUCGACCAAAUUUCCAUUCUAUCAAAUUACUGUCUAUCAAUUUACCGUCGACGAAAUUUCUUUUGAUCAAAUUUCCGGAUAUGCGCUGGAACCCCAAAAAAUAUUUCAUAUUUUUUCUAUAAUAUUUUUUAUACAGUUAAAUAAAUCUUUAUAACAGCUACCAUUUUGGAGAUACAUAAAUUCAAAUAGAGGGAAACAUACAUUAACAGCAGCAAUAAAAUACUAGUCGUUUCUUGGCCAAUUUAAUGAUGUGUACUUUUUUCCCUAAUUAUUACCCAGGCAAGCCAAAGGAUUCGACAUCUGACAUUCGUGUCUUUGUGAGCAAAGGAAAGGAUGACGAGACAGGAAAUGGGCAGAGAAGCAAGUCCAAGAUAGUGGAUAUAUUUUCUGUUGGUACCGGCAAUAAGUCGGAUAAAGUACAAGCUGGAAACUCGGGGAGCGGCACUUCAAAAAGUGUUGUGGUCAAUGGAGUUUUAAUGUCCAAGGUCUCUUCGGCUGGGUCAAGCUCACUGUUCUCUACCGUACCCAAGUCUUCAACGGCCGGUACCAGAGUUGUCACUCCUUCAACAGCCGGUGCCAGAGUUGUCAGUAGUUCUGAUUCCCACAGAGAGAAUCAUAUUCCAUCAAAAGGUUUAGGGAUCUCACCUUCAGGGCAGCUUCCUGAACCGAUUCCUAAACACAAUAUUAAUGAUAGGAACAUCCCUGGGGCUUCCAAAAUGAUGACUGACAGGCCAAAGUCACCACUGCGUCACACGACAUCUACACUUGUCUCCUCCAACAUACCCAACAAUGGCAGUACUUCACAGACAUCUACACUUGUCUCCUCCAACCUACCCAACAAUGACAGUACUUCACUUAGUGCUGGCAGUUGGGAUGACAAUGAAGAUGAUUCUUGGAUGUUGGAUGCUGAACUGGACUCGACCUCCCAUGAUUCUAAUAAAACAAAUGGCAGCCAAGAUCAUGAAGUUAUCGACCUGACCAGUGAAGCUGUUGAAACUGAUAUCAAGAUGCCUAACAAUACUAAACUUAAAUCUCCUGGAAACGAGUCUUUUAAAACUCUGAAAGGAAAAUAUCUUGCAGGGAAAAAGCUUCCGCAUCUUAAACCAAAAACUAAUGCAAUAUUCACCCCUGGCCAUUCUGGCAAAAAAAAAGUUGGCAAACCCAAACCAUCAUUCCGUGGACCAAGGACAAAAAACUUGAUGACUAAUGGGAAUACUGGUGCGCAGAAAUUUCCGAGUAAUUUUGUCAGCGUCUGUGUAGGUAAUGAAUCUUGGAGUCCUCGUAAGAAAGUUCCAAAGAAGAAAAUCGCGAAGAACUACAUAUUUGAUGAGUUGGACUCAGAUGAUGGUCUAUGGGAAGAGGAGAGAAAUCAUUUAAUAGAAAGUCCUGGCGAUGGUCCAGGAAUGUCACGUGGUAGCUGUACAGAGUAUGACUCUCUUCAGGUCAGCGCCACUCUUCAAUCACCAAUGUCACCCAAACUUAAUACAGUGAAGAAAAGUGAGUUUCCCACAAAUCUAGGAGAUACAACAAGAAAUAAGCCAGGGACUUCAACUCAUCAUGAGCCUCCACCUGUCAGGUCCUUAAAAGAUGAUUUCAAGUCAUGCUCAUCUGGUGAUAGAAAUAAAAAGUUUACAGGUCAAGGUCAUAGACUUGGUACAGGAGAAGAAAGAGCAACUUUUUUGUCACAAAUUCGUAAAACUUUUACUGAAAAAUCAACGACAGCCAGUGACAAGUAUUCACAUAACUUAACAACUGGUGAACCAGGCUUGCAUUUAUCAACAUCAAGCAAGAAAAGAAGUUCUGAGAUAGCGUUUGGUUCACAAUCACCAGCAAACACUUCGAAGGACAAAUCCUUGAAGAUAACCAGUGAUAAAGACAAUAAUACAAAAGUGAAGAUUACUCCGCCGACCCCGUCUUACCCCAUUGGUCAAACAAAUGAUGCUCCACCUGUAGAAGGCCUUGUCUCUUGUCCUGUGUGUAGUACCCAAGUACAGCCGGGCCUGAUCAACAAUCACCUUGAUCUAUGUUUACUGGGAUCAUGAACACUUUUCUUGCUUAGCCAGAUCUAAGCACCUGUUCAUAUUUCAAAAUGUUUUGCUGUUUGAAAUGUCCUAAUUCCAUUACAAUUUUAUAUAUCUUUAAUGUUUUGUAAUUUAAUGUCUUCAAAAUUUCUGCAUUGAGCACUAUUGAAUUCAUGUUACUCAUAAGUGCAGUUAGUGUUAAUUCCUGACACUAAUUGAUUUUAAUUGAUUCUUCUUUUGGCUUCCCUUCCUUAUCCCCAGACGUGAUCCUUUCUGUCUAAAUCAGUGGUUCUUAACCUUUUUAGAGGUACCGAACCCCACCAGUUUCAUAUGCGCACUCACGGAACCCUUCUUAAUAGGAAAAAUAAAAUAUGAUUUUUUUUUCUGAUUUUUUUUUUGGACCUCCGCCGAACCCCUGAGACUGAUCACCGAACCCCUGGAGUUCGAUCGAACCCAGGUUAAGAACCACUGGUCUAAAUGUUUCCAUCAAUAAUACAUUUUUGUAAUUUUCGCAUUUGAGAUGAGUUUUAAUUUACACAACUACUUAAUUUACAAGUAUGUUGACUCAGAUCAAGUACAACACUUUAUGGCAAGUGAUGGAGACAUUUACUCCAUAAAGCAGUGCCCAAUAAUUAUUCUUUUCUUUGCUGAUAUUAUUCAAUUACCAUUCUUGUUCCAGGUAUGCUUUUGGGGGAAUUAGAUAAAUAUUUUGAAAAUGUAUUUUUAAUCAUAAUAAUUUGAAUGGUAAAACUUUUAAUGUAAUUACUUCCCCUUAAUUGUUUAUUCUCUUUUUCUUAAACAACUUUAUGUACUUUUCUUAUUGAAACAUUUUGAAAACUGGACACCGUAUUUAUAUCUUUUAUAAAAAUAUAAUUUUUAUGAUCUAAUUUCAAGUAUUCGGUGGUUUCUAACGGCUAUAAAUCGUUGUUUUGCCUUUUUGGUACAGGUAUUUUGGUGUAAAAUUGCCUCCGUAACUAAUUGUGUUAAGAUAUGAUAAUCUACACCUACUACAAAGUCUUUCUGUUUGAAAAUUUCAUUGCUAGUCUUUGUGUAAACCUUGUUACAAAAUAAGUGC